GCGGUUCCCACUAUAUAAAGAUGACAAAACCAACAGACAAACAAGUAAGUAAGAGAAAAACCAAAAGAAGAAGAGAAACAACAAGAAGAAGUAAUGGCUUCCUCUAUGUUCUCCUCCACCGCUGUGGUUACCUCCCCGGCUCAAGCCACCAUGGUCGCUCCAUUCACCGGCUUGAAGUCAUCCGCUUCUUUCCCGGUCACCCGCAAGGCCAACAACGACAUUACUUCCAUCACAAGCAACGGAGGAAGAGUUAGCUGCAUGAAGGUGUGGCCACCAAUCGGAAAGAAGAAGUUUGAGACUCUAUCUUACCUCCCUGACCUUAGUGACGUUGAAUUGGCUAAGGAAGUUGACUACCUUCUCCGCAACAAGUGGAUUCCUUGUGUUGAAUUCGAGUUGGAGCACGGAUUUGUGUACCGUGAGCACGGAAACACUCCCGGAUACUAUGAUGGACGAUACUGGACAAUGUGGAAGCUUCCAUUGUUCGGAUGCACCGACUCCGCUCAAGUGUUGAAGGAAGUUGAAGAAUGCAAGAAGGAGUACCCUGGCGCCUUCAUUAGGAUCAUCGGAUUCGACAACACCCGUCAAGUCCAAUGCAUCAGUUUCAUUGCCUACAAGCCCCCAAGCUUCACCGAAGCUUAAUCCCCUUUCUGGAAUAUUCAGCGUUGAUUAUUCUGGAACCCAUUUCUAUGUGGUCAAUGCAAAUUUAAGAAAUUAUUUGCCGACUUAACAGUUGAGGAACUAUUGUUUGAAAGUGAAAAUGUUAUUCCUAUCAGUUUCUCUAUAAUUAUAGUUAUCAUUUCAUUUCAUUUUUGCCCUUAAAUCUUUGAAAUCUUAUUUUUCGUUUAGCUCCUUUAAACAACAUUGUGGCUCCUUUAAAUUAUCCUCAUAAUUCUUGCUUUUGACUCCCUAGACUAACCAAUAAACUCUAAUAAAAA